AUGCAAGGUCUCGUUCACUACUCUGAUGAUUCUUCCCCCGAGCUAUCGACUCAUCAAUCUAUUCCUGGCCCAUCCCGACUGAGGGAUCAAAUCUCAACAGCAUCACCAUCUAAUAUAGCUAAAGGGAAACUACGUCCUCCUUCAGGCAUAGUCAUAAAUCGAUCACCUAAACGAAUCCGUCGGUCGUCACCUCACUCAGCAGAAUUACCGGAAAAUCUCACACAUACGGCUCAAUCUGAUAUCGCUCAAUCGGAACUUGCGACUACCACUCAUAAUGGAAAAUCCAAAUGGGGUAAAGAAUUUGAUGGAUUGACAGAAGAACAAGUUUUCAAUAUUGUGACAACACCAGAUCAAAUCGAUGGAACAGAAGAUUGGGGUAUACCGUCGGAAGUGGACCCCGACGAGUCUAGCGAUGCUUUAAAGUCAAAAGUGCAAAAUUUCCUACGGCUCAAGUACGAAAGAGCAGAACACAUAAAUACCAGACUUUUGUCUUCUUCGUCAUUUGCAAAUCCACAUAUCUACUCUAAACUGGUCGAGUUUGUUUCUAUCGACGAAAGAUCGACCAAUUUCCCUUCAUCAGGAUGGUUGACUAGGCGCAAUGUCGAAUCUCUCAUUCCGACUCACGGACCAUCUGUCUUAUCAGCUCAACAGAAAGCCAAACAAGAUGUUGUGAAAGCGACUCAGGUCACCGGACAAAGAAGAGAGAUCACCUUCGCUCCUGGUAAGCAUAGAGAUAGGGAAGAAGGGAAAAAGAGGGACAGAAACGGCUGGGAGAAGGAUGAUAGAGAUAGACACGAAUAUCGGGAUAGAGAAAGGGAUAGAAGGAGAGAAAAGAAGAGAGAUCGUAGGUGA